CUUGUGCAGCCAGCACGCGAGGAGCGCAGCAGCGGAGCGAGAAACAUUCUCUUAUUGAGACUAUUAAACAUCGACCUGUCACUUUUUCAACCGUUUUAAAGGCGACCGGAAGAGGAGCGCGGAGGGCAACGGCCGACGUUAACCCGGUCCAGGUGUCCUCGAACCGCCUGCGGAAAACUCCCAAACGUGGUCAUCUCAAGCGGGCAUGAGCUAACCCACCGGUCCGAUAUGGAAACCAAACCGUUCUUGUCAUUGGGGUUCCUGAAGCCCCAGUGCUCGUUGGCUCCGCCGAUGCAACGAGGACGCUCAGGCGAGGCUUGUUCCUGCUUCAGCGGCAUGUGUCACCUGCAUCAGCGUCGUCUGUCCUCAGACUCUUCAGGCCACCUGAGCUCGUCACCCCUGGGCUCUCCUACCUCCCACCGAGGAAUGCACCCAUCUUUGCUCAGUCCAUCGAGCAUGGGGCCCUCGGGGUCUCUUCACUCUCCCAUCAGCACACUGAGCUCGCCCAUGAACGGCCUGACCUCGCCCUUCUCCGUCAUCAGCUCGCCCAUGGGGCCCCACUCCAUGACCUCGCCCGGCAUGGGCUACGGCCCCAGCGUCAGCCCCCAGCUGAACUCUCCCAUGAACUCGGUCAGCAGCACCGAGGACAUUAAGCCCCCGCUGGGUCUCAACGGCGUGAUGAAAGUGCCCGCCCAGCCCUCCGGCACGGCCCUGUCGCUCACCAAGCACAUAUGCGCCAUCUGCGGUGACCGUUCCUCAGGCAAACACUACGGCGUGUACAGCUGCGAGGGCUGCAAGGGUUUCUUCAAAAGGACGGUGCGCAAAGACCUCACCUACACGUGCCGAGACAACAAGGACUGCGUCAUCGACAAGCGCCAAAGGAACCGCUGCCAGUACUGCCGCUACCAAAAGUGUUUAGCCAUGGGCAUGAAGAGAGAAGUGUUGUUACAUGCAGCCGUUCAGGAGGAGCGCCAGCGAGCCAAGGAGAAGAGCGAGAGCGAGGUGGAGUCGACCGGCUGCGCCAACGAGGACAUGCCCGUGGAGAAGAUUCUGGAAGCCGAGCACGCGGUGGAACCCAAGACGGAGACGUACAUCGAGACCAACCUUGGUGUUCCGUCCAACUCGCCCAAUGACCCCGUGACAAAUAUCUGUCAGGCUGCGGACAAACAGCUCUUCACAUUGGUGGAGUGGGCCAAGAGGGUUCCCCACUUCUCCGAGCUGCCACUGGACGACCAGGUCAUUCUACUACGAGCAGGUUGGAAUGAACUCCUCAUUGCGUCAUUCUCGCACCGCUCGAUAGCUGUGAAAGACGGCAUUCUGUUGGCCACCGGGCUGCACGUCCACCGCAACAGCGCUCAUAGUGCCGGAGUGGGAGCCAUCUUUGACAGAGUGCUCACGGAACUGGUGUCUAAGAUGCGGGAUAUGCAGAUGGAUAAGACAGAACUGGGGUGCCUUCGAGCCAUAGUCCUUUUCAACCCAGACUCCAAGGGUCUGUCAAACCCGGGCGAGGUAGAAGCUCUGAGAGAGAAAGUCUACGCGUCUUUAGAAGCAUACUGCAAACAGAAGUACCCUGAGCAGCCUGGCAGAUUCGCCAAGCUGCUGCUGAGGCUGCCGGCGCUGCGCUCCAUCGGCCUCAAGUGUCUGGAGCACCUGUUCUUCUUCAAGCUCAUCGGCGACACGCCCAUCGACACCUUCCUCAUGGAGAUGCUAGAAGCGCCUCACCAAAUGACAUAACGAGCGCGGAGGAGCUCCUCUCAUCAAGUCCGUCGGUCCGACGCAGCAGGGUUUUUACACAUCCAGGCUUCAUCAUCGCUCCCCCCCUCUAAAACAUCAAGACCACGGGUGUGUUUUUAUACCUUGUACAGUUCUAUAAAUAAGAAAUAUAUAUAUAUAUAUAUACAUAUAUAUAUAUAUAUGGUGGUCGACGGAAGACAAACGCAAUGUACUGAGCCAGCAUCUCCACCAGAUCAUUCCCGCGCCCAGUCCGGGUGUGUGCAAACUCAGCAGGGGGGGGUUUGAGGAACCGGACUCGGGACACGUCUUGCACUAAAAAAAAGGCAUCGGCUCUCCCGGUGUAGGGGGGAUUCUAGAAGCGACUCGACAGGCGCCGCGCCGAGACUGCAAGUGAUGGGAGAACCUCAGGUGGUCCGAAGAAGCAAUCCAAGCAGGUCUUACUGUAUCAACACUGUGCAACGACGGCGGCGAGGGCGAGUCCACAAGUGCGCUCAAUCAGGAAAAAAAUGUGGGUAAGGUCAGGGUGGGGGGGGUGGGGGUCUUAGGUCUUAUUACGUAAGUACAAUCUGCACACAGCUUGUGCACACAGGAGGAAGCCAGGCUGUUGUCAGUUGACGCGACCGACAACUGGCAUUCGAACAUUCUGCCUUUUUUUUCUUUCGAGGAACGUGGCGUCCGAUCUGAUGAUGUCACCCCCCAUGUGGACUCCAACCUCUCCGCGUCACCUCAUGUCUUUCUUCGCAGGAAGUUACAACCAUCCACAGUAUUUUGUCCCAUUUCAGAGCACCGUUACCUCAACACCGUGACCAGUAUCCGGAGGGCUCGUCAUUGUUUGUUCGUUGCUUACUUUGCACUUAACCUCAUGACGGAGCGCAAUCAACCUCCCGGGGUGGGGGAAUUUGGCCCAAUCACUUUAUUUUCCUCCAAGCUGGACAAACAAUCGCUCUCUCCGCACCAAGAAUAAUAUGAAAUACAGUCGCGAUCAAAAGUAAAGAACAUAAUGUCAUGGCUGGCUUGAGUUUUUAAUAAUUUCUACAACUCUUUUUUUGUGUGUGAUAGAGUGAUUGGAGCACAUACUUGUUGGUCACAAAAAACAUUCAUGAAGUUUGGUUCUUUUAUGAAUUUAUUAUGGGUCUACUGAAAAUGUGCUGGGUCAAAAGUAUACAUACAGAAAUGUUAAUACUUGCUUACAUGUCCCUUGGCAAGUUUCACUGCAAUAAGGCACUUUUGGUAGCCAUCCACAAGCUUCUGGUUGAAUUUUUGACCACUCCUCUUGACAAAAUGGGUGCAGUUCAGCUAAAUGUGUUGAUUUUGUUAUGAUUGGAGGAGGGAGUUGUGACGGCACAGAACCACAAGGGGGCAAUAUGGGGGGAAAGUUCUGUGGUCAGAUGAAACAAAUAUGGAGCUGAAUACCCAGCAUUAUGUUUGGAGGAGACAAGGUGAGGCCUUUAAUCCCAGGAACACCAUACCUACCGUCAAGCAUGGUGGUGGUAGUAUUCUGCUUUGGGCCUGUUUUGCUGCCAAUGGAACUUGGUGCUUUAAAUGGCCCAAUGAAAAAGGAGGAUUACCUCCAAAUUCUUCAGGACAAGCUAAAAUCAUCAGCCCGGAGGUUGGGUCUUGGGCACGGUUGGGUGUUCCAACAGGACAAUGACACCAAACACACGUCAAAAGUGGUAAAUGAAUAGCUAAAUCAGGCUAGAAUGAAGGUUUUAGAGUGGCCUUCCAAAAGUCUUGACUUAACAUGAAUGUAUUUUUGUGACCAACAAGUAUGUGCUCCAAUCACUCUAUCACAAAAAAAAAAAUAAGAGUUGUAGAAAUGAUUGGAAACUCAAAACAGCCAUGACAUGAUGCUCUUUACAACUUUUGACCACAACUGUAUCUUGCUCAUAUUCAGUUUUUUUGGAGAACCGAUGUUUUCAAACCAUUUGUCAGAUAUUCGACACACACACAAAAAUAAAGCUUCAUUAUGCUACGGGCUAGCUUCUAAAAAAAAAAAAAAAAAAAUCGACCCACGCGUCAACAGUGACCGCACACCUGUGAUUGUUUGGCUUUUUUUUUUUAAUUAAUUGAUGUGUGCCAGCCCGCCACAAAUACACUAUAUUGCCAAAAGUAUUCGGCCACCCAUCCAAAUGAUCAGACUCAGGUGUCCCUAAUCACUUGGCCUGGCCACAGGUGUGUAAAAUCAAGGCAUGGGGACAUUUGUGGGGAAAAAUGGGCCGCUUUCAGUGAUUUCCAGCGUGGAA